AUGCAACGGAGAGGGCCCUUCGCGGCUCUGCUUUUUGCAGCGCAAUGUGUCAGCUUUUGCCUGCUCUUCGCUGAGGCCGACGCUUUGCAUGUGCCUCGCAGGGACGAGCUCCUCACAAACUGCAAGGAGGCCACGAAGAUCAGCCCCACCCCCUGGUGUUUCACCGCCGACUACAACAAGCGCCGUGCUUGCACUGCUGAGGCCGGCGCCACCCGCCCCCUCUCCUGGUUCCUGGCAGCCAAGAUGGCGACAGACGGCAAGCCGGGCAGCCUCUGUUCGAUGUCCGGCGGCCCGGUGGCGGGCUACAACAUGAGCGCGUGCACGCAGCAGCUGGUGUGCGCGCCCAUGAAGAGCGGCAAGCUCGUCGGCACCGGCAUCGGCUUCUGCAACCUCACAGCCCCCGGCCAAUCGUACGAGGUGGCCCUCGACACGCGGCCGCAGUUCCUGACCAACGGCCUGGAGCCAGUGAUGACCCCCGCGGCGCAGGCCAAGACCGUGAACAACGACAACACCGGCUCCACUGUGGGCGCUGUCAACGGCCUGCAGGACGUUCUGGUGUACACCAGGGUCACCACCCAGGGCACCCCCUGCAAGCUGCCCCUCGUCUACAAGGGAGCGCUGCUCACCGACUGCAUCGACGUGAAGGGCCAGUCCUCCUGCUUCACCGACAACCUGCAGACGCUGCAGCCCUGCAAGGCGCUGGAGGCCGGCAAGGUGGCAGACACGCAGCCGCUCUCAGACCUGCUCGCCGACGGCACCGCCGCGGCCGGCUCCCAUGGCGACGUCUGCAAGCUCUACGCUGACGCCGGUGCCAACAUUGGCGCCCUGAAUGUCUCCUCCUGUGCCGACAAGCUGGCCUGCACCCCUCUCCAGGUGGCUCCCCUGGUCGGCUCGGGCUUUGGCUACUGCGCCAACGCGACGGGCAACACCACUGGUGAGGUGGACGCUGCCCUGCCGUCCUCGGCCGGGGGCGUUGCCUCCCUCUCCAAGUACAACGUGGUCCCCAGGACAACCAUCAUCAACGAGAAGUGCCGCCUGCCCGUCGUCUGGGGGGACAGCCUCCUGCUGGACUGCGUGCCUUUGAGCUCGGGCAGCAAAGUGCCUGAGUGCUUUGUGGAGGGUCUGAGUGUGGUGGACGAGUGCAAGCCCUCCAGCGCAGCCCCCUCCUCCCUCAAAGCCAUGCUGGACGCCGCCAAUGGCACUGACCGCAAAGCCGGCUCCCUCUGCUUCAUGUCCAACCCCGCCGGCAAGGCGUGCGAGGGCGAGUUGUCGUGCAUGCCGCUGACGGGCCCGAUGGCGGGCGCGGGCGUGGGCCACUGCACCAACAACGACACCGUCAAGGGCCGCGAUGCCGCCAAGGAGUACUACGUCGCCAAGCGCCAUACAGUCAGCGGCGUUCCCUGCCGCCUGCCCAUGGUUGCCGGGGGAAACCUGCUGCUGGACUGCACCAAGUCAAACGGCAAGGAGGUGUGCUUCACAGAGGGCUCCGAGACGCCCGAGGAGUGCGCGCCCGAUGCCAAACCCGUCACCGCCGCCCUCUCCUCCCUCAUGAAUGCCGGCCAGGCAAUGGACGGGAUGAAGAACAGCAUGUGCACGGACACGGAUCGCUUCCGCGGCAAGAAGGUGGGCUGCAACACGCCGCUGGCCUGCGAGGCCAUGAUCGGGCCGCUGCUGCACUCGGGGUACGGCUACUGCACCGACCUCAACAUCGGCAAGUUUGGCAUGACCGCCGCCAUGCGCGCCUCCAAGGUUGCCCAGCGCCGCACAGUCAACGGCGUCCCCUGCCGCCUGCCCCUCAUGUACAAUGGGCAGUUCCAGCAGGACUGCACCAAGUCGGCGGACGGCAGGACAGAGCAGUGCUUUGUGGCGGGGCAGACCGCGGCUCAGACCUGCGACCCCCAGCCCUUUGGCGACCCCGUCAAGCUCCCCAUUCUCAUGGCGGCCGGCCAGGCGGGUGACGGCGACCUGAACUCGAUGUGCGCGCUGCCGCGCAACCGCAGCGGCAAGAGCGACUGCAACGAGCCGCUGUGGUGCACGGCCUCGGACGUCCCCCCCCUGCAUGGCUCCGGCUACGGGUCCUGCGCUAAGCAGCGCCCCGUGGCCCCCGCCGCCCCCGCCAUCACUGCCAAUGCGCAGCCCAAGGCAGCCAUGGCUCCGGCGUCCCCGCUCGACGGCUUUGAGGUCGCCAUUCGCUCCACCCGCGAAGGCGCCUCCUGCCGCCUGCCCCUCAUCUACAAGGGCAACCUGAUCCUGGACUGCCGGGACUUCAACAGCUCCGGCGUGGAGCAGUGCUUCACCAAGGGAUCCUCGGAGGCCAAGCCCUGCAAGCCCGCGGCCAGCGGCACGGUGUACCCGCGCCUCACGGACGCGCUCGCCAACGGCACUGUCAUUGACGGCGAUGAGGGCAGCCUGUGCGUGCUCAACCCCGGCCCCGGCCGCACCGCCCCGGGCAACAGGUCCCCGUACAUCCCCGCGUCCGCCGGCGGCGGCGGCUGCAACCUCGGCCUCAACUGCCUCUCCCUCAGGGGUCCUAUUGACGGCUCUGGCUAUGGGUACUGCGCGCUGACGCUGGACGGUCAGACUCCGGUGAGGACGGGCAACGUGGCGGGCGGUCUGGUUGGCGUGCGCGUCGCCGAGCGCCGCACCGUCGACGGCACCAAGUGCCGCCUGCCCGUCGUCUACCAGGGCGAGCUGAUCACAAACUGCCGCAGCCUGGACGGCUCGUCGCCGUCGCAGUGCUUUGUGGAGGGCCUGGUAACGGUGCAGGACUGCGCCGACACGCGCAACUACCCGACCGAGCUCAUCUCCACGCUCCUCUCGACCGGCAAGGGCGCCGAUGGCCAGGACGGCUCCCUCUGCACCACCAUGCUCUCCUCCGGCACCCCCUCCAACUCCAAAGUGCUGCCCUGCAAGAUCCCCUUUACGUGCCUGCCGCUGCAAGCCGGCGGCGACGCCGGGUCGGGCAACGGUUACUGCACCUUCCUGGGCCAGCAGCCGCACGACGGCGCAGCCGCCAUCCAGGUCUCUAACCGCGUGGCGGAAGGCGGCGUUCCCUGCCGGCUCCCUGUUGUCUACAAGGGUGAGCUGUUGACUGGGUGCGUGCCGGUGAACGGCGUGGACAAGUGCUUCACGGGGGACUUGGCAGCCGGGCCCGCGACGUGCGCCAAGGCCGUCGGCGGCUACAACCUGACCUCCUUCGCCGGGCUGCUGGCGCAGGGCAAGGGCGCCGAUGGCCGCGAAGGCUCCCUCUGUGACCCCAAGGCGUCUGGAUCGGCGAUGCUGGGGUGCAACAAGGGCCUGUCGUGCGUGCCAAUGAGCAAGGGCCCGCUGGCGACGGCCAAGUUCGGGUCGUGCCUGGGAGGGGAGGAGGCCAAGAAGGCGCUGGCCGCCAUCGGCUCCGCCGCGCCAGCGCCGAUCAAGGCGCCCGAGUGCGGCCCCGCCUGCAUCGCCGGCGCAGCCGUCGGAGGCGCGCUGCUUGCGGCACUACUCGUUUCAGGAGCCUGGUGGUUCAGCGUCCGCCGCACACGCGCAAAGCGCAAGUCCAUGUUCUCCAAGUUUGACGACGCCGAGUUCGCGGACGUGGCCGCCGCGUUCGGCGAAGGCGCGGCCAAGCCGAAGCCCAAGACCGUAUCCAUCGCUCCUGCGCGCUCCUCGGACGGCAUCGGCGCAUCCCCGGUCCACAAGUCCGCGCUCCCAAUCCCCGCUACCCGCCCGCCGCGGCCGGCCGCCUCCAGGCCUUCGCCGUCGUCGGCCGGUAAAAAGCCGGCGGCGGCCGGCGGCGACGGCAGCGGCAACACCCCAGCAUCGCUGAUCGGGCCGAAUCUGAGCGCGCUGGCGUCGCCGCGGUCCUCCAACCUCACGGACUCGUCACCGUUCGCGCAGACGCUCGAGCGCAAGAGCUCGGCUGCGUCCGCGCGCUUGGGUGAGGCCGAAGAGAUUCCCAGCCCGGCCGGCCGCGGCGGCGCGCGGUCGCGGCAAAGUGCCUCGACGGCGCCCAGCGCGGAUGAGGAGGCCGUGGGGGCAUCUGGGGACUCUUCCUCGUCCAUGCGAUCAAAUGCAGCCCUCAUGAAGAAGGACUGA